AUGUAUGCUGCAACUUGCAAAGUUUUUGAAGUUCUUAGUGACCAUUCUCCAAAUGGAAGAGCUAAGGCUGAAGUUCGGGGGAUUUAUAGAAACAUGGCAAGCUUUGAAUUUGUGUUCAUUUUGCAUUUAAUGCAUAAAAUUAUGAGAACAACAGAUACUCUUUGUCAAAUUCUUCAAAGAAAAUCUCAAGAUAUUUUGUCUGCUGUUACAUUUGUCUCUACUACCAAAACUAUCCUCCAAGAACUUAGAGAAUGCGGGUGGGAAGAAUUUCUUCAUGAAGUGAAAGUUUUUUGUAUGAGAAAUGAAAUUGAUGUGCCUGACCUUAAUUGUCUAUAUAAGAUUGGUCGUUCUCGUCAGCAAACUACAAUUGAACAUCAUUACCACUUUGAUGUUUUUAAUGCAGCAAUAGAUUUCAUCUUGAUGGAGUUAAAUACUAGAUUUAAUGAGUCAUCAGUGGAACUUCUUUCUCUUAGUAUUACUUUAGAUCCUAAAAAUUCGUUUGAAUCAAUUAACACUGAUGAUAUUUGCAAGCUAAUGAAGUUUUAUCCUGAAGAUUUCACAAAUCAAGACAUCAUUGCUUUGAAGUAUGAAUUGGUACAUUAUAAACUUGAUGUGAUACAAAAUUUGAAGGCUUCUACACUUGUUGAGUUAUGUCAACAAUUGACUGAGAGUGGACGGUCAAAGGUUUAUGUUAUGUUGACUAGAUUGAUUCAUCUAGUUUUGACGUUACCUGUUUCUACUGUCACUACUGAGCCAGCUUUUUCAGCAAUGAAGAAUGUGAAAACAUCACUUCGCAAUAAAAUGGAGGAUGAAUUUCUUGAAGAUUGUUUGACACUUUAUAUUGAACGAGAUUUAGCUAAGGAUAUAGAUGAAGAUUCUAUUAUAGAUGAAUUUUAUGUUUCAAAAUCUCGUAGAGCACAACUUUGUUGA